AUGAUGAGAAACCCCAAAAUGGAGGACUUUGCUACCAGGACCUAUGGCACCAGUGGCCUGGACAACAGACCUCUAUUCGGGGAGACGUCCACCAAGGAUCGAAUCAUCAAUUUAGUUGUUGGCAGUUUAACAUCCUUACUGAUUCUAGUAACGCUGAUCAGUGCUUUUGUUUUCCCUCAACUACCUCCGAAACCGCUGAAUAUAUUUUUUGCUGUCUGCAUCUCUUUGAGUAGCAUUACUGCCUGCAUACUUAUCUACUGGUAUCGACAAGGAGACUUAGAACCGAAGUUUAGAAAGCUAAUUUACUAUAUCAUAUUUUCUAUCAUCAUGUUGUGUAUAUGUGCAAACCUGUACUUCCAUGAUGUGGGAAGGUGAGGCUGCCAAGGGGAAGUACUUACCAGGACUCUUCAAAAUGAUACAUUAGGAUAGUGAGUAAUUUUUGGAUAAGGUACGCUGAAGAAUCUCCUGCAGAAGUCUGAUACAUGAUUUUCAUGUUAAUUGUAAAUGUAAAAUUCCCUCUUGCAAGGGAGACAUAUCUUGGAUCACUUUGCUUUUUAAAGAGCUGACGUUGCACCUAAACAUUCCAACCCUUAAAGCUCAAACAGCACAAGAAAUUUUCACUUUAGAAAUGAACAUUUUUAUAAUGUGAUUGCAUGGCAAAAGCCUAUGCAACAAACAAAAUCUUGUGUUUUAAGACAAAUAUUCUUUUAUUUUGUUAAACUGAAUAUACGAUUGUUCCCUAGGCAACCAACUUUUGCUUUAUAACUACAAUUUAAUUUCACAUUAACAAAACAGUCAAAAGACAACUUUGUGAAGAUCUAAUUACAAUAAUAAAUAAAAUAAUUUAUACCA